AUGGCUCAAGACAGUCCUUCAGACAAGACCGUGGCGACAAAAAAGUGUAGGCACAGCCGGACCUCGUUCACAGAAGAGCAGUUGAAGAUCCUCGUCCAGGCGUUCAGCCAAAACCCUUACCCCGGCUAUACUGCCAAACAGAGACUCUUCAACACUGAAGAGUCUAGGAUCCAGAUAUGGUUUCAGAAUCGAAGAGCAAGGCAUGGAUUCCUGGAGAGACCCAAGAAGAACUUAGGCUCAAGCAAAGACCACGCCUCCCCCAAAGAGAAGAUUCAAGAUGGAAGAGACAGACGGUGUCGUACCAGCUACAGUUCCUCUCAGUUACAAACUCUCAAGAACGCGUUCACAGAAAACCCCUAUCUUGGGAUUGACUCCAGAGAGCAACUUGCUGAAGAAAUUGGGGUUCCAGAGUCAAGAGUCCAGAUUUGGUUCCAAAAUCGAAGAUCUAGACUCCGUAUCCAGAGAAAAAGGGGCCUUGAAGAAGCUUCAGACCAAAGACAAAACCAGGGACAGGAUCUCUGA